CGCAUCAGCUAGCUUGACUCAGCUGUGUUUUAGUGGAGGCUGUAGGGAAAGACACGCUGUCAAUCACUAUUAAGGGACCAUGGCAGUAAAGUGCAGGAGAAGCUGGCUGUGAGCGCCGUGGUUCCGUCCAAAGGUUGCCGCGGUUCGAGCAUUAUGCGCCGGGUCGCCGUGGGACGUUUGCAGCCACCGUCACCAAGUGGGAGCCGCCGCUCCGCUCCGGACUGGGAUUAGCUUUAUGGAAAAACAAAGCAGAGAAACUUCACCUUUUCAGAACCAGUUCUUCAUUUCUGAAACAGAGUUGGACUUUUUUAGGGGUUUUGUUUCUUGUAUAAAAGCAAAACAGAGCAGGACUGUGUUCACUCCGAGCGUGGGAAAUAGUGCGUGGAUUUGACUCCAACUGGUGGGAAUCUGUUGUGUUCAUUUCUGAGAAACUCCCUGCUGUCGUGACAGCGCUGAGGCGGGCGGAGACCCCCUCCUCCCCACGACCAGCGAAGCCGAGCGGAGUCCGGGGAGCAGGGGCCGCGAUGAGCGGGGGGGAGGUGGUGUGCCAGGGCUGGCUGCGAAAGUCUCCUCCUGAAAAAAAGUUGAGACGUUACGCAUGGAAGAAGCGCUGGUUUGUUCUCCGAAGCGGCCGAAUGACAGGCGACCCGGAUGUUCUGGAGUACUACAAGAAUGACAGCACCAAGAAGCCCAUUCGAGUGAUUGAUCUGAACUUAUGUCAACAAGUGGAUGCUGGGCUGACCUUCAGGAAGAAGGACUUGGAGCACAGCUUCAUCUUCGACAUCAAGACCAUCGACCGUGUUUUCUACCUGGUGGCCGACACAGAGGACGAAAUGAAUAAGUGGGUUCGCAACAUCUGCGACAUCUGUGGCUUCAACCCUACGGACGAAGAUCCUACUAAAAGUAUUCAGCAAUCAGCCGCUGUUGUGGACACCCCCCCACACCCAGUUUUAGGUAACCUGGUCGGUCCAGGAGCGUCGAUGCUGGGGGGCAUCCCUCCCCCGUACCAGCCGGUCAGUGUGAGACACUUGGACUCCCAGUCCAGUUCAGAGGACCCCCAGGAUUACCUGUGGCUCGCCAACUGUGAGAGCAAAAAGCCAGAACCCAACAGCCCAGCGGAGCCUCGGCCUCCGUUGGGGGGCGGUCAGGAGUAUUUGCUCCUGGAGGAGUGUGGGAGCAGGACUCUACCUCCACAGAACAGUCAAGUUCACGCCGAGUGCUCCAAGUCUACCUCCUCAGAGACGGACCUGAACGACAACCUCCCAUCCCACCGCACGCCUACGUCCGCCUCCUCCUUACCCAAACACGCUUCGCACAACGGCUUCUUCCCGCAGCCCCCAGCCUCUGCCCCCUCCUUCUACGACUCUCCUCCGUCCCGUGGCGCCUCCCUCUCCUCUGAUGCCGGCAUCUACAGCCUCCCUCGCAGCUACUCCCAAGAUACCGUGCUGCUCCCCAAGUCGGCCACAUCCCCCCCGCCCAACCCAGACGGCGGCGAUGCCUCCGAACUUUAUGUCUUCAACACGCCUUCCAGAAAGACGUCGUGCGUGGAGACGCAAAUGAGAAAUCUUUCCAUUAGCUACGACAUACCACCCACGCCAGGCGCCAACUCGACCUACCAGGUACCCCGCACGCUGUCGUCAUCGACGGGUGGCCCGGACAGCGGGGGGGAUGUGGUCCCCCCUCCCAGACCGCCUAAGCCGUCGCUCAGCUCCACCCCAGGGCUCCCACCGCCUCCUGCUGAGCGCUCGCCCACGGACACCUACUGCGUGCCGCGCUCGGCCUCGGAGACGGACGGGAACUACUGUGUGCCGACCAGCGCCGGGAACAAGGCGCUACGCAGCAACACCAUCGGCACCAUGGACAGCUCACACCUCCGUAAAGACUUUGGAUCCCAGGACUUCUAUGACAUUCCCAGAUCAUUCCCCUCAGACAAAAGCUGCUCGUUUGACUUCAACGAAAGCUUCAACAGCUACUUUAAGAGCAAAGGGAUGAUGCCAGUGAGCAGCCACUCCAUGGAGGAGGUGGAGCAGAACUACGUCCCCAUGAGCGUUAACUCCCCGUCGCAGCACCACUCGGGCAGUUUGCCAGAGCCGACGCACGAUACGAACUAUGUUCCCAUGACCCCGAGCACCAUGGAGUUCUCCUCCCUGGGGAAGCAGGUCCCCCCGCCCGCCCACAUGGGCUUCCGCUCCAGCCCAAAGACCCCUCCCCGCCGGCCGGUGCUCAGCGAGUGCCAGCCUCCGCCUGUGGACCGGAACCUGAAGCCGGACCGUAAAGGUCAAAGUCCUAAAAUAAUAAGAGCAAAGGUUGUCGGUUUAGAGCGAACCGACUCUCAAACCGUAGGUGAAUUCCCGAGGGGACGACGCAAGGGGAAACCGGCACCGUUGGAGAUCAUACCCCUUCCGGAGUGGGAGGAGCCCUGCACACCUGUCCGCUCACCGGUCACACGCUCAUUCGCCAGAGAUCCCUCUAGGUUCCCAAUGCCGGCGAGACCCCCGUCAGUGCAUAGCACGGCCUCCAGCACUGACUCCGAGGACUUUGCAGAGAACUAUGUAGAAAUGGAUCCUAAUAUACCCACAGAUGAACCAAUCAUGAAGAUGGCCGCCCCCCUGCCUGUGGAUGGGGGGAGCAGCCCCAUGGUGAAGCCCAAGGGAGACAAACAGGUGGAGUACUUGGAUUUGGAUCUAGAGUCUGGGAAGUCCACCCCACCCCGGAAGAUGAAAAACAAUGGCAGCAGCAUUUCUGCGUCAGAUGAGCGUGUCGACUAUGUGGUUGUGGACCAGCAGCGCACACAGGCCCUGAAGAGCACCAGGGAGGCAUGGAGCGAAGACCGCCAACUCACAGAGACGGACACUCCCUCCAAAGUCCCCAAAUGAGCCUGACCCUGACCACCAGCCCAAACCCAGAGCUGCAGCCCGCCGGGCCUGGAGAGCCAGAGCCCAGGAGAGCGCGGUGUGGAGCUUUAAAUUGGGCCCAAUGAGUCCGAACUUGAACCAGACUUUGAACUCCAAACAUUCGCUGCCCUUAAUGAGGAUGAAGGCCUGAUCCUCUUCAUCAGAUCCAGAGUUAACAUCUCCUUUGGUUCUGACUGUUCUUCACUAGUCCACAACAUAGCGGCGCAGGCUAACAGUGUUUUUCUGUAGGGGCAGGGGGUGUUUAUUCAACACUAUUUUACUUCUUUAACGUUGCGUUCAGUGCCUUGCAAAAGUAUUCACACCCAGUAAAAACCAACAUCUUCUCAUCCUGUGUGGAUGUUUGUUUGCGUUUUAAUGAGCAGAAACAGAAGCAGCUCCUCCAGAGUUAGCUGCUCUCCUCGCUCAGCCUGUGGGUUCAGGAAGACAAGCUCUCAGCAGCUCUGUUUUCAGCUGAUGGACCGAUCUUUUCUCAUCAAGAUGUUCGGUUUCACAGGGAGUCAUUUUACACACAGAAUCCUUCUGACAUGAUUUAUUCAAGUCUGCUGCUUUAUAGCAGGUUCCUGUUCUCCAGAUCAUGAGAUCAUGAGACUCCGCCUCUGUACUGUCCUCCUUGGUCGCCCUCAUCAUGUUUGCCCUCUAAUUGUCCUGAAUCUGAAACCUUUUGGAGGGAGUUGAACAAAAAUGCACUCCACACUUUUCAGAUUACCAUUUGUUAAAACCCACGAUGAGCUUCACAUGGAUGCAUCCACCUAAAGACCCCAACAGCUGUGGAAAGACCUGGACCCGGAGAGUGUCCAGGUCGCUGAAUUCAAAUGCAGGCGAACAGAACCAAGUGUUAAAGUCGGCUUUAGGUUUCCUGAAGUUUUAAUCAAUGAAUCCCAUCAGAUCUCCAUCAGGUUUGUGGAAGUGAAACCUGGACAGAAGUGUUUGUGUAAAUAAACAGGAGACGUUUCCUUUAUUUGUAUGAAUCUGCGCCGUGUUUUGACUGGAAGGUAGACGGAUUCUGCAGGGUGGAAUUCCUUACCGGCCGAUUCAUGAAUGAUGACUGUGACUUUUCUAUAAGUUAUGCAGAGGGAUUGCAGCGGGCUCACCGAGAGAAAAUCAGGUACUUUAGUUUGUAGAAAUGCACACUAAGACAUAUUUCCAUCUCUAAUUUAUUUCUGGGUCGUGACCAGUUUUUCACUCAGUAUCCUUUGUUAGUUCGACAUCUGAUGAGAAGCUGAAACUCAUUUCUCUCUCUUCUUUCUCCUCGGGGUUUAAUUUAUUUUGAACUGAUCUGACGAACCUCGUCUAGUUGGCUCCUAAACCGUUCUGCCUCCAAAGCAUGUCGCCGCCAUCAGAUCAAAGCAUUGCUGUAAAUAGUUUUCCAUCAGUUGUAUUAACACACAUCUCCUAAAGUCGCUUUCUUUGGACUUCCCUCUUUCUAUGCUGCAGGUUCUUUGUGAUGCCGACUGCAGAACUGAUGAUGUUUUCUAACGAAUCUCAAGUGAAAUUUUAAAUCUGAAAACUGAACUAAUAAAAUCCAACAUUUUCUUCCUGG